AUGAGCAACCAACGAGCCGAGCUCCAGCGGGAGUUCAAGGCGUACUGGGCAGACAAUGCCACCCCUUUUGUCGAUCAAGACUUGAUCAACUGGCUACAGAACAGACGGACCGACGCCCGAGAUGACUGGCGCCGACUCCGCAGGCGAGUUGCCGAGGAGGGCCUGAAUGCGGAACGUCAAGCGCUCGAGGUGGCCUUUUUGGCGCAAAAGUACGCUCGUUACUAUAGUCCCGUCGGCAUUCCGGCCGUCGACGGCAAGAGGGUGCCCUGGGAGGACCCAAAGGAGCGCAACACCAAGAAAUAUCCCGACGACAACAAUGCCAGUUUUUGUGGCGCGUUACACUGCCAGCGCCCCAUGCCCACGUCUGGGUCGUCCCUCAAGGACAGGGUCCCUCCUCAGUGUGGCGUCUGCGGCACCAAUCUGAGCGAGAAGAGACUGGCUCGUGAAAGAUCCCGGGACGAGGCUCUCUUCCACUGCGGAAGCUGUGGUCACGAUAUUUGCAUCAAUUGCGGACGGAGCUGGAUCGAGCGACACUGCGAUUGCUGCGAGAGGGUGGUCGGGGUGCCGCCAACGGAGAAGCUGGCAAACACGUCGUCCUUUAGCUGCUGGGUCUGCGAGUCGGACCAGACGGAGCGGCGACUCGAAAAGAAGCACGCGCAGCAGCUCAAGGGCGGGGACAAGGACACGUUCCGGUGCGGACAGUGCUCCACGUCCAUCUGCCUCGAGUGCGGCAAGCCCUCGACGUACACCUUUGAGCCCAACUAUGGCCUCGUGCGCAACCUGUGGUACAAGUUUGUCGACAAUUAUUGGGAUCCGCCCGAGCUUUAUGGCGGCUUUGAAAAAUACCUGCGGCGCGAAAGACGUCUCGGUAUCCCCCAGUUUGAUCUCGAGGACUUGUAUACUCCUGCCCAUGUUAUAAAAGACGACAAUGAUGACGAUAUGAUGCUGUACGAUGGGGUUGCGCCCAAGCUGGCCAAGAAGGCUGAUGAAGAGGAAGAAAAGAAGAAAAAGAGGGAGGAGAAGAAAAAGAGGGAGGAGAAGAAAAAGAAGAAGGGUAAUGAAAAGGACGAUACAGAAGACACCGAGGAGGAGGAGGAAGAUGAAGAUGAGGACAGUGAGGAAGGCGGCCAGGGAAAAGACAGCAAUGCAAGUGGAACGUAUUCUUCGGCUUAUGGCCCCGUCCCCGGCCUCAUACAGCCAAAGAAACCAAAGCGACCAGUCGCCUCAUACAAUCAAGAUUUCAAAAUCCGGCGUGUCGAGUUUGGUCGCGAGAUCCCGCCGCCUCAGGGCUACGAUGACUUUUGGUAUGCCGAGAACAACAAGAGGCUCUACAACAUGGCCUCGGCCUGGUCAGAAAAGUACUUUGCCAAGAACGAAUUCCCCGUGAGGUACGACGGCAAGACAUGGCUAUGCGGGCUCAAUGAGCAGUUCAUAAACUAUGCAAAUAUCGUGGCACAUGAGGACCCCUUCUUUGGCCCCCAUGACGGCUAUCGACACGAUGGAUGGGAAUACAUGUUGAGGGAUAGAAGCAAUAGGAAAUGGCUCAUCAUGUCGAUACUGGCACAGAUUAUCGAAAAGAAGAUUUUCGUCGAGCUUCUCUUCGGUGCUACGCCUGCCGAGCGAAAGAAGUUAGAUGAACAAGACAGUGAGAACCUUGAUCACGACGGUUACCGCCGAGCCGCAGCACGUUCGCACUUGAUCAACCUCAUGCUGUCACGCAGAGUGGUGCCGCAAGACUUUUACAAAAAGGUGGACGAGUUAACUUCGUACACGGCCAAGAUAUUCCAGGACAUUUUUACAAUUACAAACUUGCUCGAUGACGGAUACUGUCAGCGUCGCGCGGUCGCCGGCACCAGAGACAAAUUCGAGGUGGCGCGGGAAUCUAACAUUGCCUACAUGUACACUGAACUUCACUACAUAAUCUCGCACGCCGCGUACUUUGCCGUGUGCAUGCGCCGCUCUGCCUCGGUCUUUCACUUCCUGUCGGCGACACCGGCAGCACGCAUGGACUACCCCAUUGAAGCCCAGGCCAACUAUGACUUGUACAAGCUCUCCAAGGACGAGGCCGACGUGGUGGAAAUCGUGCGUUCCGAACAGGACAAGGCCGAGAUCGCGGCCGCCAAGGCCAAGGGUUCGGCUACCGCACAAGAGAUCGAGGACCUCGAACGCGAAAAGAGGCUGUCGUCGCACCACUGGCUCCGCGGCGCCAAGGUCAAGUUUGCCGUGUGGCCCAUGAUUACACGGUACCGGCCCGAAAACGUCGGCAGACCAAUCAUCCGUGGCAAGGUACCGUACCACCUUCGCGGCAAGGACUGGGUGGCACCGACCGUGGACCAGAUCGAGUCGGGCGAGGGCCAGCGCAUCGUCGAAAUUGGCAAGUGCGUCGUCGUUUACUACCAAGGCAUCAUAUACCCGCGCAACGACCAGCCCGGCAUGGUCUUUGAGGAGGACGGCCGCUCCCUGCUCACGUAUCUGGCCAUGGAGAGGCCCGCGCAGACCACGGCGCGGUGGCGGCACGUCAGCAGGCUGUACUUUGCCGCCAGACUGCUCGGCGUGGCCCUGCUGGUCGCCGCGUACGCUCGCCGCGACUGGGUGGCCGAGCGCUGGGUCGACAUUGUCAGAUUCGUGCUGGCGCUGCCCAUUGCCUACGCGCUCGUCACUGUGCUGACGAGCGCGCGGAGGUUCCGUGACAUCAUGUCGAGCUCGGCCAGAGUCCUGCUUGCGCUGGGUCUGGGGCUGCUGGUGCCUCUCAGCGUGUACUUGCGGCUGCCCUACUUGGUUCGACUGGCCAAUGACUUGUCCCGACCGCUCGCAAACGGGGUUCCGAACACGACGACAACGGCCGUGAUUGCUUCCCUGGUUGGUCUUGGGCUGCGGCGGACGAGGAGCCUGACUUCCUCCAUCAUGUAUGGAUCCGCGUUCUUCUGGGUUCUGUGGUGGUAUUACAACAGUGCGUUGCCACGGAUUGUAGCGCAACUCGACCAGUUGGCCGUGAUUGCAGCUAUCAAAAUGCAUCUGCCAUGGGUGGCUGCCACGUCACGGAAUUUGAUAGGUAAGGUGGUGAUCGAAUAG